CUCACCUUCACUCAGUCACUCAGUCAGUGGUUCAGUGGUUCAGUAGAGGUUCAGUCUUCAGAUCAGUCGGUAGUAAAAGUUUCUCCUCUCAGCUCGUCUCGGAGUAUAAAACCAGCUGCUGGUGCGUCUUUACGCGCGGAGCUUCCAGUUGCGCGCCGGCAGCGCAGAGCUCCUCUCUCUCUGUGUAUCUGUCUCUGUGUCUCUGUCUCUGUGUCUCUCUCUCUCUGUGUCUCUGUGUCUCUCUCUCUCUGUGUCUCUGUCUCUGUCUCUGUCUGUCUCUGUCUCUGGAUAUAUUCCCCCACUUCCGUGAUGGACGACGAGUUCCUCUCCAACUUACCCCCGUCUCUGUCCGGAGACCCGGACGAGUCUCUGAGCCUGAACUCCUCCUCCUCUGAUCCCGGCUGGUGGUCCUCCUCGGACGGCAUGGAGGCGGUCCACCUGGCCGUGCGCUGCGUCAUGACCUCGGUGUACAUCCUGAUCAUCUCGGUGGGUCUGCUGGGUAACAUCACUCUGGUGAAGAUCUUCAUCACCAACAGCGCGAUGCGCAGCGUGCCCAACAUCUUCAUCAGCAGCCUGGCGGCCGGAGACCUGCUGCUGCUGCUCACCUGCGUGCCCGUCGACGCCUUCCGCUACUUCUCCGAGGAGUGGGUGUUCGGCGAGGCGGCCUGCAAACUCAUCCCCGUCAUCCAGCUCACCUCGGUCGGCGUGUCCGUGUUCACGCUCACGGCGCUCAGCGCGGACAGGUAUAAGGCGAUCGUGAACCCGAUGGACAUCCAGACGUCCAGCGCCGUCUUCUGGACGUGUCUGAAGGCUGUCUCUAUCUGGCUGCUGUCCGUCCUGCUGGCUGUUCCUGAGGCCAUCUUCUCACAAGUUGUCUCCAUGCAGGGUCACAAGGACCACACCAACGUGACCUUCGUGAACUGCGUGCCCUACCCGCUGUCCAAUCAGUUGCAUCCUAAGAUCCACUCGGUGAUGAUCUUCCUGGUUUACUUCCUGAUCCCUUUGACCAUCAUCUCGGUGUACUAUUACCACAUCGCCCGCACGCUCAUCAAGAGCGCCCAUGACAUGCCGGGGGAGGUCAGCGAGCACACCAAGAGACAGAUGGAGACGAGGAAGCGUCUGGCUAAGAUCGUGUUGGUGUUCGUGGGCCUCUUCGCCCUGUGCUGGUUCCCCAACCACGUGCUCUACAUGUACCGCUCCUUCCACUACCACCAGAUGGACCUGUCGCUGGCUCACCUGGUCGUCACCCUGCUGGCCAGAGUCCUCAGCUUCUCCUCGUCCUGCGUCAACCCCUUCGCCCUCUACCUGCUCAGCGAGAGCUUCCGCCGCCACUUCAACAGCCAGCUGCGAUGUGGUCAAGGUAACCGCCCCGAGCGCCAAGCCAGCUACCUGCAUAGCACCUCCCACAUCCGCCUCACCUCCAUCAAGAAGACCACGCCCACCGCCGCCGUCAUCGCCCCAGCGGCCAACGGCAACUCCAACAGACAGGAAGUGGCUCUGUGAAGCGGGAGGGAGGCUGCGACUCUUGUUUCUGUUUUCAGCUCCAGAGAGAUCUGCAAACGUCAGACUCCUGCAGCUCUGAGACCAGCAGGGACUUUGGUAGACUGUGUGGAUGGAUGGAUGGAUGGAUGGAUGGAUGGAUGGAACUCUAUACAGGCCUUGUUACUGGUUCAACGGAUGCACCAGCCGGACUUCAUCAUCUACAUCCUCGACUCGGCAACCCAACAAAAAGUGCCUCUUUUGAAAAAGGGAACGGCAAAAAGCCAAACUUUCUACAGCCACAGUGUUGGCUAAAAGCAUAUAUAUCCUACUGAAGGUGUCGGAGGAAGUUUACCAAACCACACGUCCGAGGCUGACAGACUUGUUGACAGCAUGGCUACCACACUAGCAUGUUUCUCUGUUGCUGUAAUGCUCAUCAGCGAUUGAUCUAAAAAGCCAUUUUCAUCUAUUUGGUGACUCUGUAUUGACCCACAGAGAGAGAGAGAGUCUUAUUGUCUGCUGCCUCUUGAUAAGGAGGGUCGGACACAGAGACAUGAGACUUAUCCAAGGAGAUCUCGGGGGAAUGCAUUGGAGGAUUUGACUCUCCAGUUAUACGGGAUGGUCUCUCUCUGAACUCCUGCUACAACUAUUCUGUAGCAGACAAAAACUACCCAAAGCCUUGUAAACCAAAAUAUGUCCCUGUGUGGAGCAGAAGCUGUCUGGUGGCUCUGUUAAUCUCUGUGUUCACCAGGUACGACUCUGUGUUCGAUUCUUGUGGAAGGUUUCGUGGACUUAAGGGGCCACCGCCUCUCGCCUUCUGGUCUUUGACAGUUCGUAUUCUUGGCCAGACGUCGGGCUUAUUCUCAGCGGGCGUCGGGCUCUGGCGGGGUUGUGCCUCGCUGACUCCGUUUCACGGACGGUGUCCAGCAUGCUGACCUCAGGAUCGUAUCGCUGCUCUUUGCAGACGAUGCCGGCGGUGACGCUCCAGCACGCACUGGAAUGGGACGCAGCUGAGCGUGAAGAAGUUCAUGGUACGCUGCCAGAAAUUUGAGCAUUGCUCAGUUGCUGUAAUUUGGUACUAAUUCAAUCUGUUCUCAUGAAAAGGUGUAUAAAUGCCACGAUAAUGCGCGAGGCUUUUAGCGUGCAAUAAGUACGCCUUUCCUGAUUUCUGCGUGUCAUUUGUACGCCAUGUAUCCUGCAC